UGUGAUUUACUUUUUUUUUUUUAUAACUUACAGGUGAUUGAAUUAAACAGAUAUGAAGAUUCAUCUUCUAGGUUUUGUUUAAAAGGCCCCGGGUAUUUCAAGAGGCCAUUUUGGAAUUACAGUUUUGUUUUGUUUUUCUUUUUUUUUUUUUUUUUUUUUUUGGGUAAUUUUGCCCCAGAAGUUUAUUAAAAUUGACAAGAAUCAUCUCCGAAGUGAAUUGAUAGUAGUGAACAAAUUCAACGAGCUACUAAAGACCCAGUCAUUUCUUCAGUAUUUUGGUUCAAACGGAUUAUAUAAGUGGUUAAAGUAUUUCAUCUGGUGUUAUUUUUGCCUCUUCCCCCCCUUUCCUGUUGGUGUUCUUCAGCCAAAACUGUAAGAUAUGUUUGAUUUGUGUACUGAGUAGUUACAAAUUACUGUUGAAAUAUUGCUGAAGUUUCGUGGCAGUUCUUUUUACCUUUAUUGAAAGUUUUAGUAAUUUUUGACUUCAGCUCUUUUCAUAUUACGAUGGGACAGCUUUUCUAAAUGAAGACAUUGAAAAAAUACAGUGUUUUUCUUUUUAUCUUUUAUUUACUUGGGAAUGUAAGAUGUUCCAGUUUCACACCAGCAUGGUAGUAUUGAGAUAGCUAUUUGUGUCUCUGUACAUGCUGAUGUUUAGAAGUAAUCUUCAGAUGUGAAAUUUUCUUUUUGUUUCUGCUUUUUGCACAUAAAUUGGAUAUUUCAUCUGGAGUGGAUAAGUACAGUGACAAAUACAUGGAAUAGUAAAGAAGACCUUGCUCUUGAAUCCAAGGAACUUGGCUAAUUCUGGAUAUAGCCAUAUGAAAACUUCAAAACAAAUAUGGGUAGCUGACUUCAAAUAACUCUAUGUCAAAUAGUCAUAGGUUAAGUAUCUUCAAAGAACUUGGAUAUUUCAGAGGAUACAAAAUAAAAAAACAAACUGGAAAACAUAAAGCUUAUAGAGAAAAAAACAACACCUUCCUGUGCAGUCCUCUUGGAAUUUAAAAUUUUGGGAGCUAGAGAGAAGACUCAGCGGUUAAGAGCUCUGGUUGCUCUUCCAGAGGACUUGGGUUCAAUUCCCAGAACCCAUAAGGCAGCUCACAACUGUGUAACUCCAGUUCCAGGGGAUCUGAUACCCUCAAAAAGACAUACAUGAAGGAGAAAAUAAACAAAUGCACAUAAAGGACUUGCCAUGAGGUGUUGAAGCCUUGUUUCAUUGAGUUGGAGAGACUGGACCUAAAUGGCGCAGCAUGACUUUGCUCCAGCCUGGCUUAAUUUUCCUACUCCACCAUCAUCAACAAAGUCAUCAUUGAAUUUUGAGAAGCAUUCUGAAAAUUUUUCAUGGACAGAAAAUCGUUAUGAUGUGAGUCGUCGACGACACAACUCUUCAGAUGGCUUUGACUCUGGUAUUGGACGUCCUAACGGAGGUAAUUUUGGGAGGAAAGAAAAAAAUGGAUGGCGUACGCAUGGCAGAAAUGGUACAGAAAACAUAAAUCAUCGAGGGGGAUACCAUGGUGGAAAUUCCCGUUCUCGUAGCAGUAUUUUCCAUUCUGGAAAAAGCCAAGGACUACAUGAAAACAGCAUCCCUGACAAUGAAACUGGGAGGAAAGAAGACAAAAGAGAACGCAGACAGUUUGAGGCUGAGGAUUUUCCAUCUUUAAAUCCUGAAUAUGAGAGAGAACCAAAUCAGAAUAAAUCUUUAGCUGCAGGUGUAUGGGGCCUACACGCCCAGACACACACAUACCCAACCAAAAAAAUCUCCCAAGCUCCUCUCUUAG